GACACUAGCCAAGUACUGCGUAAGACUUGGGGAGGUGAGGAAUCGGACGACUCUGCCGGUGAGGGUGUGAAGCGUGGCAGGAAGCUCUCUCUGCAGGGGCGAGGGGAACAUCGCUUUGUUGCUGUAGUAAUUCGUACCGUAUCGCGAGGCUCAGUAAAGAGGUCGAUUUCGAUCGUAAUUAUUGCAUUGCUACCAUAUGUCACGAUAAGGUGAUGUUGCAGUGGUG